CCGACACCUUGGCAAUUUAUUUUAAAUUUCAGAAUUAACCGGCAUUUUUAAAACAUAAUCUUCUAAUAAACACAGUGAAAAGACAAUUAAUGUGUGAUUGUUUCCUAAUUUUGCUAAAUAAUGCAAUUAUUGAGUGAAUUUGUUUGUUAUAAGUGUCGAAAAGAACAAUAAAGUGUGGUGAGAUGGCGUCAUUCAAGUCUACUUUUUUGAUUUUCUCAAAGAUUAAGUUACAGAUUGAAUCGCCCUCUAGAGACUGAUGGAUUUAAUUAACUAAGUCUUCUGGUGUUUGCACGAUAAACCUUAAAAGCCACCACACUUCUUCUCGGUUCCAGUUGAUUGUGUUACUCUUCCAUUGGUUUUUUAGAAGCUGCAAAUGAAUAUAAAAUAUUGAAAAUCGGCACCGACACAACGCUCUGCGACCCUAAAAUGGAGACAGAAGAAGACGAGAACGAUGAAAACAAGAAAAUUUAAACCCUCAUUCACGAUGUCAACGAGUGUCCAGCUAGCCCUACUGUUCUACUGCUACACCAUACACUUAACCGAAUCAGGCUGCCCACGCCUAUGCGAAUGCAAAUGGAAGAGCGGUAAAGAAUCCGUCAUCUGCUUGAACGCCAACUUUUCUGCGGUACCACCUGAAAUCGAUGUUGGUACUCAAAUACUAGACCUCACAGGGAACAACCUCACCAGCAUCAAACACGAGCAGUUCAAGAAAGCUGGUCUAGUGAACCUCCAAAAGAUAUUCCUAGCAAACUGCCGACUAAAAACACUAGAAAGAUACUCUUUCAAAUACCUCAUCAACCUAGUAGAGCUAGAUUUGAGCAAUAAUUUGUUAAACAACGUUCCUUCACACACAUUCGACUCAAUAACUGAACUAAGGGAAUUGAAGCUGAGUGGAAAUCCUAUCCAGAAGAUCUUCAAUGACGCUUUUGUCCAUCUUACCCAAUUGAUAAGACUGGAAAUAUCUGAAUGUAGACUAACGUUGAUAGAAAGUCGAGCUUUUUCUGGUUUAGAAAAGUCUUUGGAGUCCCUGAAACUGGAUAACAAUAGACUGACUGAAGUACUACCUGAGUCUUUUACAAAUUUACAAAACCUUCAUGGCCUAGAGCUAGAUGCGAACCCUUGGAAUUGUUCUUGCUUUCUUAGACCACUACGAGCAUGGAUGCUCAAGCAAAAUGUUCCUUUUGGAGUACCACCAGUGUGUCAUAGUCCCAAAAGACUAUACAUGAAAUCUUGGGAUAAGUUGGAUCUUGACGAUUAUGCUUGCGUUCCAGAGAUCUUCGCUUAUAACAGUAAGGCGUAUGGAAUUGAGGGGAAGAAUAUUACGAUGACUUGUAGGAUAACUGGCGUUCCAGAACCAAGUGUUAGAUGGUUGAUGAAGAAUAAGGUGAUUGCAAAUAUAUCAGGAACGUCUUUUGCAGGCAGUAAAAAGCUCUACUUGGUCCACCUCACCAACAAUUCCAGCGAGCUGACCAUCUUCAGCGCUGACCUCCAAGACGCUGGAACCUACAUCUGCGCAGCCGAGAACAAAGCAGGAAGAGCAGAAGCCAGCGUGACUCUCUCAGUGUCCAAGAAGCAAGCGGUCGCAGGCUUCUCGCAUAAGAUACUCAUAGUUGUGGUAGUGACUGGACUGGUGUUUGUUCUUGGUUCGUGUCUCAUUUCCUUGUGUAUAUACGCGGUGAAAAAGAAGCAAGUGAUCAAAUGGCGCACUCGCCGAAAAAAUCGACGGGAAGACAACUACGAAAAAAUCGAGAUGAACUUCAAAGUGGUCCAAAUCAACGGAAACGUCAACGUGAACGUUAACCAGGAGUUGGCUGUGGUUGCUGAUCGUCGCAACGGAGAGUACCGCGUGGUUUCCGGUGCCGAUACGGACCAAGAAGCUGAAGAAGAAGAGGACACCAAUUUGGAUGGGUGUAGUGUAAAUAAAAGGUUUCCGAAACUGUUGUUCAAAGACGAACAAAACAACCAGAGGUGGCAUUCGUCAAAGCUUCUGGAAGACCACGACGAUGUAGGUACUACCAGAAAAGCGAUGCAAGAAUACAGCACCGUCAACACACCUUGCAGUACCACCUGCGGUACCUACAGCCAGUACUCCACUCCUGUAUCAUCACCGAACGUCUCCUCUUCUAUCUACUGCUCCACAACCACCAAGCGGUACUUACCUCCAGCUACGUCUUCCGUUUACCUAAACAAAGAGCUAUCCAGGCUAGUGGAGGAUAGAGAAAAAGACUUUCCUGACCUGAUAGAAAUAUCGCCGAAAAGCAAAUCGUUCGAGAUUAAUCACAGCAAUGUGCUGAAAGCGAAGGGUACUAGCGGGAGUACUUCGGAUAUAAACGAGAUAUUUUGUACGCUACCGAGGAAGAAGGAGCUACAUUCUGCGCGGUAUAGAAGUAACGAUAGUCAGACUCCGCUGUUGCAUGAAAGUCGGUAUGGUAGCAGUGGAGGAGAGAGCAUACCUUGCACUCAAGACAUAUGCAUGACCGAUUUACCGAAGUACUCAAUGACUACAAGUUUGAACAGAAACAGGGUCAACAAAAUGUCAAAUAGUUAUUUGAAUUUAACUAGAGAGGGACGGUCUACUAAAGAAGCUACAACCGACAUAAGCGCCACCCCUCUUCUAGACGUUUCGAAUCUUGAAAGCCACGUAUGGUACAACAAACCGAGGGAAAUAAUCUCCCCCACCAUGAGCAUGACACCCAACGCCAACUCAUACGACUACCAUGCGGCGCAACUGGAGCGAUUCUUGGAGGAAUACAGAAGUCUGCAGAAGCAGUUGAAGAAGAUGAAAGAAACGUGUGAUAAUUUGUGUAUGGAGAAGGAAAGAGAAAAGCAAAUGGCGUCAACAUUUGCCAGCUCUACGUCAAUUUUCAACAAACCUUCAACUCUAGCACUCUCCCCCAACUCUAACCAACAUUUGGCAAGUUCUAUGGACUUCAGAAACUUUGAAGACGAAAUAAAGAAGUAUCUGAUCGCAAAGAAUCUUUCCCCCAACAACGUUAAUAACAGCAAUUGAUUUAAACACUGAAAUUAUAAGUAGAAAAGUGGUUAAUACAGAGUGUUUAAAAAAAAGUUACACCGUCUCUAGAAUAGGUAAAAAACUGAAAAAUAAUUGGGGUUUGCUUAGUAAAAAAUUUUUCGCCAUAUAUUUUCAAAAUAAAGGGCGUUGAAUAAAAACAAAUUUUACAGAUCUUUUACGAUUUUGCCGAAACUACUGGCAACGUUGUAAUGAAAUUUUAUACGAAUAUGUUUUGGAAGCUGAUACAUUCCAUAAAUUUGUUUUUAUAUCUGACUCUCAUAGAGGGCGCAAGUUACAGGAUUCGUACCAAGUAUUAUUUAACAUAAUUUAUUUAAGAGAAGAAUUAUUAAUCAAAAUUCCAAGUGAACCUAAACAUUUUUUCUGAAGAAUCCAUUAAUCUUCUACUAAACGUUUGGGAAUCAGCUAUGAUGUCAUUAAAGUGACGUUUUAUCUUCCAAUUCUUGUCGUGAAUUUCCUUCUGUAGCAUAGACUUAUUCCUUAAAAUACUACCAAACUGUGUAGUAGAAAGGAGUAAAAGUGCAACAGAGCAAACAGUGGCCUAAUCCACAAAUUUCUCAUUUUUAGAUUAAUAUGUCAAAAAAAGCAGCAACAUUAAAUCUUCGGAUUAACUGGGGCCUACACAACCUACCUCUAUAUUUGGCUAAAUCGUCGGCCUCAUAUGAAAAGAGCCUAUGUCGUAAUUAACAAAUUUUACAGGAGACGAAAAAAACUGAUUUAGAGAAUGAUUUUGACUUAAAACUUUAUCUUAUUAGACACAGUUACUUAGAAUAGUGUCCGUCAGCCUUCUCAUAAAGACAUAUCUAUUUUUAAAAAAAUUAUUACUUUAAAAAUGGAGUUAGGUAACUUUCAUUUUUGGAAUAAGGAAAAAUUUUGGAGUUAGGCACAUUUAAUAACGAAAAUCAUUAAGAAAUAUGCGUAACUCCAUAAAAAGUCGCCAAAAAUAAACUGUGAAAAAUGCUUAAGUCCCACAAGAGAACCAAAUGUGGGGUUUUAAGGAUAAUAAUGCUACUUAAAUGUAGUUAACACAAAAACUAUAAUAAUAUGAUCAAAUUGAACUUACCUUCAAUAAGUUUACACUAUUUCCAUGAAGAUAUGUUAGCUUAUAAUACUUUUCUUGAAGAUAUAACACAGCAGCGCAGCAAAAGUACAUCUAACCUUUGUAAUAUCUAACCCAUUUAAAAGUAAUGGGCUUUGGCAAGUUUCAUGUGAUUCACCCAACGCCGUGGAGUUGGGUAGAAUUCUUUUUUGUGGUUCUAGCGGCAUCUAUUGACUUUUUUAUCUUUUUUGUCUUGCUAUGCAUGCGUACCAUAAAUAUUAAUCAGAUGGCGCAAAAAUCUCAUUUUUGUUAAUUUUGGGACUUAGGCACUUUUCAUAUGAGGUCGACGAAAUGGCGCUACAUAAUUUGUAGCGCCAUCCCAUAAACAUAAUAGGAAUACGAAUGCAAAGAUUGCAUAUACCUCAAAAAUUCGUUUUUGGGCUUAGACCACUGUUGUCUUGAUAUCCUCAAUUCAUAGGAUGUAUCAUCUUUCAAAACAUAUUCGUAUAAAAUCCACGAGAAAUCCAUUGAAAUCCAAUAUGUGAGGUUUUAAUUCUCCAAAAAAUUCCAACCACGUGGGAAGAGUCCUGUGUUGCCCUGGGUAAUAUCCUGGCAUAUCUGUAACAUCCUUAAAUUAUUAUAUUAACAUGUAACAUAACAUAAUUAUUGUUCACAUUUAAAGGGUUUUUACCCAAAACAUUUAGGUGGCACAGGCAUGCAAUUUUUUGGCUUUUAGAAACACUGAUGAUGGAUUUCUUAAUCCGAAAACGUUUUGUCUUAAUGUGGCCCUUAUUUAGGGUAUUUUAAAACAUACAUUUUACAACAAAUCUAGUAAUUUUAUAUUCGUAUAAAAUUUCAUUACAAUGCUGCCAGUAGUUUCGUCAAAAUUGUAAAAAAUGUGUACAUUUUUUUCUUUUCGGCCCCUUUAUCUUUAAAACGAAUGACGUUACAAAAGUGUUUUCCUAAUACUAAGCAAACGCCCAUUAUUUUUAAGUUUUUUACCUAUUUCAGAGACGGUGUUACUUUUUUUUAAACACCCUGUAUACCGAACUGUACAUAACCUUUCCCAAAUAACUAGAUACCUAAGCAGUCUUGAAAGUUAACAUUUUUAUAAAAUUUAUACGCAACUUGAAGGUAAUAAGAAACAUUGUUAUAUUAAAUGCCCAUCUUUUUACAAAAAUAUAGCGAAAAAAUGAUAAAAAAUGUUCUGCAAAUAGAUUUUUGGAUAAUGAAAGUAUUUGCAGAACAUUUAAAAUAAAAACAAAUUUGUUGUUGCUGUUUUUAAUAGUUUUAUUGAUUUCAGUUUGUUUUUAUAAUAAUUUUAACGCUGAAUUAAAUGCUCUGAAAUCUAUAAAUAACUAUGAAUACACUCCUGGUCAAAAAAAAAGCGACACUUGCAUUUUGUAUGUGUUUUUUUUUUAAAUUUUGUCAGUGUUAAUGGUAUAAAUGGGGAGGAAAUAAACAUUAAUAAUAGAAAUCGUUUAUCUAAAACACUAAAAAAUUAAUAGUAGGAGAAAAAAAUAACCCAAAAAAAACGAACAUUGUUCGAAAAAUUAAACAAAUAAAAAGAAUGAGUGUGUACUUUGUACGCACGUAAGAAGUUAUACUUCUAUUAUAUGAUUUCAACGAAAUUAAUAUGUACUUUAAACAGUUUAUUGAUAUAUUAUUUAAAUAUUGAACUAAUUUUAAUACUUACUACUUUUCAAAAAAAUUUAUUAAAACAAUACCAAAAAUUAAAAAAAUAAAAGAAUAAAACACACACAAACACAUUGAAAAAUGUCACAAAAAAAUGAUUUCUGAACAAUAAUUGUUUCAAAAAUUUUAUCUAAAUACGUAUUUUCUAAAAAAUAUAUAUAAUAAAUAUACUUACAAUCAUAAAAUGUUUAAAAAAAUUGCAUCGGUGAUCGAACCCGCUUAUAUUAGGCUGGUUAGAUUUGAAAUCUAAGCAUCUGACCUUGCCACGUAAACAUAACAGUCAUGUGAGAAGAUAGACCAACUGAACGUUUAAACUUUUUGACAGUUCUGAAUUUAAUCAAAUUAGUUUGAUUUUUGUGGAAUUUAAAUAUUAAAAUACAACAAAACAUAGAGUAACAAAACAAUAUAUUAGAUGAAGAUUGGUAGAAAUCUUGUUGGUAAUCAAGUUAUGUAAAUCAAAGCAUUACCUACUGGCUAGGUACAUUUUUCAAAUAGGUCUACGUAAUUUUUUAUUACAAUAUUGAAACAUUUACAAUCACAUACCUGUUGCUUUUAAAAACUAUUUACAAAGUCACUACAAUUAUAAACUUGCUUUUGUUUCAGUCUUCACAACAAUAAAAAUUAAUAUACACAACAUUGGUUUACCCAUAACCGACAUAUUGAACAAUUGUUGACAGGUUAUUGUAAUUAACCAAUCACAUCCAGUAUAACGUUUGAGCUGCGUUCAGAACCAAGACUUUUGAUGAAUUCGCGCACAUAUAAAUUUACUCCCAACGAGCCUAAAGAAGUAUAACUUCAAAAAUAAAAUUUUAAUUGCACACAGUUCGCUGUUCUCUACAUCUUCGGAGGAUUUCAAUAUGUCUAGGCAUACUUGCAAUACGUUACUAAAUCUGUUCUUGCGGUAUAUAUGCUCCCAUUCUUCACUCAACACUAUUUUCAGCUCUUGAAUUGUUUCUGGCAAUGGUUGCCUCUUUUUAAUCAUUUUUUCUAACAUGUUCCAUAAAUAUUCUAAUGGAUUCAUGUCAGGCCUACAAGCGGGCCAAUCCAAAACGGGAAUUUCGACAGUAUUUAGGUAGUCCAUGAAGAUUAACAUCCAGGAUAUCUGAUCCUGGUCUUCUAGUGUAUUCUCCAAUCUGACGAACUUCGUAAGAGCAUCAUGGACGAUACUUUUGACAAUAUUCAAAUGAUUUGCAACAUAGUCUAGGCGCCAAAUAGAGGUCACCGUGUCCUUUUCAAUUCUGAUGGACAAACUCAACGGUUUCUUAUGGAUUUUUGGCUGCUGAUUACGAAUUUCGAGGGUGGAUUUCGAUCCGAGUGGUCAAAAAAAUUGUUAUAAACAAUUUAAUUGUUUAUAAGGCUCUGGCUCAUAAACUAAAGGAGAUAAAAAAGGUUUCAAAUAAACUUUAUUUCUUAACAAAAACGAAGAAAAAAACGUUUACUUAACUUAAAUCCAACAAUUAGAACUCAAGAUAUUGUAAAAUUAGUGCACAAUAUAAAUUGCAAAUUGCAAAAUAAAUAUUUUUCGAAAGAUUUAUCGAUCGUAACUCGGCUUCUACGAAUGCAAAUGACCCAUAGAAGAUCUCAUUGUAAAGCAUAAUUAAUAGGGUUCCAAACAAAGUUUUUUAAAUUACUUUAACUUCAUUUGUUUUAAAGUUACACCCGUUUGUUAUAAUUUUCUUAAAAAAAUUAUACAAUAAUUUGCUUAUAAGGGUUUGAAGAAAAUUUGAGCUAUAAACAUUUAUACUUUAAUUAACAAUAAUGAUAGAAGAUCUCAAAAGGAACAAUUUGAGCUUACGAAAAUGUUCGUAAGUUUAUUUUUGGCUACGCAUUUUGUCACUUACUUGACUGUGAGCCGAUCUUGCGCCUCAUAGCGUACCAUUAAAAUAUCGAUGUCUUGGCCAAAAAUACGCUUACGAACAUUUUGCAUUACGUUUUUCUAUCAUUAUUGUUAAUUAAAGUAUAAUUGUUUAUAGCUCAAAUUUUUUUGAAACCCUUAUAGAUUAAUAACCCUAACAAAUUAAUGUAUAAUUUUUUUAAGAAAAUUUUAAAUUCAAACGGGUAUAACUUUAAAACAAAUAAAGAUAAAGUAAUUUAACAACUUUUGGAAGCCUAGUAACUGUUUGGAAGCCUAGUAAUUAAGCUUUAAAAUGAGAUCUUCUAAGGCUCAUUUGAAUUCGUAGAGGCCGAGUUACGAUCGAUAAAGCUUCGAAAAAUACUUAUUUUGCAAUUUGCAAUUUGUAUUGUGCACUAAUUUUACAAUAUCUUGAGUUCUAAUUCUUAAAUUUAAUUUUAAUAAACGUUUUUUCUUCGUUUUUUAUUAAGGAACAAAUUUUUUAUUUGAAACAUUUUUUUAUCUCUUUUAGUUUAUGAGCAUAAAGUCCAUGCCAUUAAAACAAAAAAAAAGUUUAUGAGCCAGAGCCUUACAAACAAUUCAAUUGUUUAUAACAAUUUUUUGAGCACUCGGAUCGAAAUCCACCCUCAAAAUUCGUAAUCAGCAGCCAAAAAUCCAUAAGAAACCGUUGAGUUUGUCCAUCAGAAUUGAAAAGUACACGAUGACUCUUCUGGCGCCUAGACUAAUAUAAAGGCGGAAAUACAUAUCCGCGCCGCGAACUCCGCGCCGUGUGAGCGCCGCGCGUUUGAGGCGCGGUUAUUGUUCGUUAAAAUUUUUCAUUUUGACGACCCAGAGGAAACAUACGAACGUUUAGUAAUUGUAGAUAAUCAUGUCUCUCUCCUGUACUUCUACUACAUCUUAUUUUGUUAUUACAUAUUCUGAAACUAUUUUCUUGUGUCAUCUUAUGCAAUUUACUAUUUUAUGUGGAAUAAGCCACAGUUUGCGAACAUUUCGGGAACUACCUUUUCGCUUCCCGGCGACACAAAUAUAAUGGUAGGGGAGCCCAAGCGGGGAUUUUUGCAGUUACUCGAGCGCGUCAGAUUAUCAUAUGGGGAGAAACGUUGUACCCUGCAGAUGUACCUCCACCAUCUAUUGGCUCUUAACACAGGGGGGUUCGUUCAGGGGGGCCCGAAAAAAAAAAUCGAUCCUUAAAAAUACUCGAAAUUGUCAGAUUAAGAUUAGGUAAGUUAAGUACAUGCAAAAGAGUCUAUAUUUCAAAAAUAUGACGAUUUGAGCGGGGUAUACGGAAAUGGGUGAGUCAAAAAGUUUCACAAAAAAAGCGAAUAUUUUGCGAAAUGAACGUCAGAUUGAAAAACUAAAAACUACGUGUUCAAUGUUUUUCAAAAAUCUAUCGAAAAAUACCAAACAUGACCCCCACGGAGAGGGGGGGGGGGUAAAUUUAAAAUUUUAAAUACAAAUCCCGCGAUCUUUCGCAAAAUAAACAUCAUAUCGAAAAACUGCAAAAUACACUUUAUCAAUAUUUUUAAAAAAUCUAUCGAAUGGUUCCAAACACGACCCCCACAGAGGUGAGGUGGGGGGCUUACUUUAAAAUCUUAAGUGGUAGCCCCCAUUUCUUAUUGCAUAUUUGGAUCGUUUGUAUAAAAAUAAACAACUUUUAUUCGAAACAAUUUUUCUAAUUAUGGAUAGAUGGCGCUGUAAUCGGAAAAAAGAUUGUAGGAAAUGGAAAAUUAAAUUAAAAAAUGGGAAGUCCCCACUGAAAUGGAAAAUUUUACUUAACUUUUUUUGGUUUUAGGACCUAAUAAUCACAGCCCAAUAGGUCCCCAAAGCGCUCGAGUGACUGCACAUUUAGCAUACUUUGCUCCCCUACCAUAAUAUAUCUGCUUGUUCCUACAACCAGAAACAAAAUUAGAGAACUAUAGGUUCUUCCACGUUGUGCGUUACCUUUUUCGUUUUCCGGUGACACAAUUGUAAUGCAUCUGCUUGUUACAACUCCGUUGCUUCACCAGGAGCGAAGUUAGAAAACUAUUGGGUCUUCCAAGUUGUGCGUUACCUUUUUGGCUUUCCGGUGACUCAAUUAUAAUAUAUCUGCUUAUUUCAACUCCGUUGCUUCACCAGAAGCAAAGUUAGAAAACUAUAGGCUCUUCCAAGUUGUGCGUUACCUUUUUGGCUUUCCGGUGACGCAAUUAUAAUAUAUCUGCUUGUUACAACUCCGUUGCUUCACCAGAAGCGAAGUUAGAAAACUAUUGGGUCUUCCAAGUUGUGCGUUACCUCUUUCGUUUUCCGGUGACCCAAUUAUAAUAUAUCUGCUUGUUCCAACUCCGUUGCUUCACCAGAAGCGAAGUUAGAAAACUAUUGGGUCUUCCAAGUUGUGCGUUACCUUUUUGGCUUUCCGGUGACCCAAUUAUAAUAUAUCUGCUUGUUCCAACUCUGUUGCUUCACCAGAAGCGAAGUUAGAAAACUAUUGGGUCUUCCAAGUUGUGCCUUACCUUUUUCGCUUUCCGGUGACGCAAUUAUAAUAUAUCUGCUUGUUACAACUCCGUUGCUUCACCAGAAGCGAAGUUAGAAAACUAUUGGGUCUUCCAAGUUGUGCGUUACCUCUUUCGUUUUCCGGUGACCCAAUUAUAAUAUAUCUGCUUGUUCCAACUCCGUUGCUUCACCAGAAGCGAAGUUAGAAAACUAUUGGGUCUUCCAAGUUGUGCGUUACCUUUUUGGCUUUCCGGUGACCCAAUUAUAAUAUAUCUGCUUGUUCCAACUCUGUUGCUUCACCAGAAGCGAAGUUAGAAAACUAUUGGGUCUUCCAAGUUGUGCCUUACCUUUUUCGCUUUCCGGUGACACAAUUAUAAUAUAUCCCCUUGUUUCAACUGCGUUGCUUCACCAGACACGAAGUUAGAAAACUAUAGGUUCUCCAAGUCGUGCGUUACCUAUUUCGCUUUCCGGUGACACAUAAUAUAUAUCUGCUUAUGAAUGUUUUUUUGAUAUUGAUAACUAUUUCCGAAGUGAAAGUCGAAAGGUCAAGUAAACUUGAUUUCAAACUCGAAUUGUGGCUUAUGCCCAAAUAAAAUAGUAAAUCUUAUUUUUAAUACAUGUUAUUUUUAGUACAACAAUGAACCAACAUUUUUUAAAAAGGUCCGCAUUACUCCGCAUGUACAUUUUUUUUAUUUCAGCUUCUAUUUCCGUUGAGAUCGGAUUUAAGUUGUUUCUUUAAAUUAAAUGGUUCUUUAUUGAGGAUCCCACAAUAAUUAUUUUCCACGGUAAACAUCAAUUUCCUUCCGACAGUUCCGACCAUUCCAUUACUAACAAAUAUUCAACUCAUGCGCGCCAAAACCAACAAACCACUCGCAAACCCGUCCAAAUACGUAUUGCGAACCAUCAAAGCGUUUGUUGAAAAACCGACAGAAUUUAGAUCGUGGUGCGCCGUGUGCGUGCCGUUUGUGCGUCACUUGAAAACACGUACUAAUCUGACGAAUACGCUGCGCGCGAGCGGCUCGCACACCGAGCAGAGCGCAUAUGUAUCUCCGCCUUAACGUAUACUGUGACCAGCUUCAUGCAAUGCACAACUUUUGCAUUAUUUUCGGGAGUCAUACUAACACAAAAAACCAAAUUGUGUUUCUAUGGUGACGCGAUUAUUUAAAAACAUUAAAAGAACUGUUUUCAUUGUUAUGAAUAAAUGUUUUUCGUUACCUACUAAUGUUUACCUCCUUCCCAUUAAGACACUGUACACUGACUAAAUUAAAAAAAAACAUUUUAAAUGCAAGUGUCGAAAUUUUUUACCAGGAGUGUUUGUUAUAUUUGUCCUUAUUUGAUAAUAAUAUAUUCAUUUCUUAUUAAUUUAUAAAAAAAUACAACUUUACUUCUUUAUUGCGACUUUCAGUACUCCCAUAAAAUCUGUAUUUACGUGAAUAUAUUGUACAUAGAACUUUGUAUAAUUGUUAUUAACGAUAAUUCAAUAAGUGUUAUAGAAUCGUAGAACUUUGUGAUAUUAUUUAGUAUAUUAAAUUAUUAAGACUAUAAAAUGUUUGGUCUGCAGUAAAUUUAUUGUCGAUAUAAUCCUUGAACCAUGUCAAUAAAGUUAUCUAUUAAAACACGGUA